CCUUUAUUGUAAGAGUAGUGUAAUGACCUUGUCUGGCUGCUCACAUAAUGUCGAGUAUGUUUGAUAUACAUUCAGCAUAGAACAGAUGUUUUCCUGUAGACGUUGUCUAGAGAUCUGUCACAGGACAGUUUGUACAUAAAGUUUUGUUCGUUUUGACAGACAGUCAGCUGCUCCGUUCAGCAUCACAACAAACAUGGCGGCAGCAGGAGGCGAACUGACCAGAGCAGCGCUGGAUGAAAUCCUCUAGAGACGCUUCAACUGAGAGUUUAUCACUUCACAAGAGAUAACAUCUGCUUCUUCAACAUCUCAACAUGGAGUCCGCCCCGUUUCCAGAGGAAGUCUCGGAGAGGAAACUGUGUGUUGUCGGUUCAGAGCUGGUGGAAAACUACACAGUUUAUAUCAUCGAGGUGUUGGAUGGAGAGCACAGAUGGACUGUGAAGCACCGCUACAGUGACUUCCACGACCUCCAUGAGAAGCUGACUGCAGAGAAGAAGGUGGACCGACGGCUGCUGCCUCCAAAGAAGAUGUUGGGGAAGAACUCAAAGAGUCUGGUGGAGCGGCGGCAGAAGGAGCUGGAGCUCUACCUGCAGACGCUGCUGCAGCAGUUCCCGCAGGCCACGCCGACUCCGCUCGCAUCCUUCCUGCACUUUCACUUCUACGAGAUUAACGGCAUCACAGCAGCUCUGGCUGAGGAGUUGUUUCAUAAAGGUGAGCAGCUGCUGCAAGCUGGCGAGGUGUUUUCCCUCCAUCCUCUGCAGCUUUACUCCGUCUCCCAGCAGCUACGUCUGGCCAAACCAACCUGCUGUAACGGAGACGCCAAGACUGACCUGGGACACAUCCUGGACUUCACCUGCAGGCUGCGAUACCUCAAGAUGUGUGGUACCAGAGGCCCAGUAGGAACCAGUAACAUCCAGGAGAGCACUCUCCCCUUCGACCUGUCUGUUUUCAAAUCACUGCUGCAGAUAGAGAUUAGCGAGUGCAGCGCUCAGCAGAUUCGAGGUCUGUCGUCUCUGAGGUCGAGUCUGGCAACUUUGAGUAUCCACAACUCGACGGAAGCUAUGAUGUCGAUCCUGGUCCCGGAGGCGAGCGAGUUCUCACAGUGGGAGGCUGAGGGGGCCGAGUCGGGCUGUCCCGUCACCGCUGUCAUCCCCGUGUGGAGAAACCUGACCACGCUGGACAUGAGCCACAACGGCAUCAGCACCAUCGACAGCUCAGUGAAACUGAUUCCCAAGGUGGAGUUUUUGGAUCUGAGCCACAACCAGCUGUCCACAGUGGAAAACCUCCAGCACCUGUACAAUCUGGUCCACGUGGAUCUGUCCUAUAACAGCCUGCGGGUCCUGGAAGCUGCUCACACCCGUCUGGGCAACAUCAAAACCUUGAACCUGGCCGGCAACCAGCUGGACCAACUGACCGGCCUCACCAAGCUCUACUCUCUGGUUAACCUGGACCUCAGCCACAACCAGCUGGCCCAGUUGGAGGAGAUCAGGAACAUCGGCUCUCUGCCCUGUCUGGAGAAACUCAACCUGUCCAGUAACCCCAUGUUCAUCAUCCCAGACUACAGAACCAAAGUCCUGACCCAGUUUGGAGACCGCGCAGCAGAGGUUUGUCUGGACGGAAAAGUGACGACAGAGAAGGAGCUGGACACAGUGGAAGUGUUGAAAGCCAUUCAGAAAGCCAAAGAAGUCAAAGACCGAAUGAGCAGCGGCGACAAGAAGAUCAGUGAGGAGACCAGGCUGUCUGCUGCUGCACCUCCUCACCUCUCCUCCUCCUCUCCCCCCUCCUCUUCCUCCUGCUGCUCCUCUGCUGUUGCUCCUCCUGCUGUCACCUCUUCCUCUUCUUCUUCCUCCUCCUCCUCCUCCUCCUCCUCCUCCUCCUCUUCCUCUUCCUGUCCGGCCCAGCAGGCUGCCUGCCUCAGCCAAGAAGUGACGGACAGAGAAGAAGACGCAGUUCCCCCCAGUGUUCUCACUCCUGAGGACACUUCACCUCCCCCCAUAAGCUUUACCAAUACACACCUCCUGUCUGCUGACCCCGCUCAGGUACAACAACCUGCUGUCUGUCUGUCUGAACACACACUCUGUGGAGCGCCUACAAGUAUUACUACUACCACUACUACUACUACUACAAAUAAUGUCUGUUGUGUCUGCUGCUCUUCCUCCUCCAGACCAGUUGAAACCACUUGCUUCUACUGCAGCGCAACUUCGUGUCCUCUGCUUCCUUCUCACCUGCUCUCCCUUUCCUCCUUCAACAAAGACUUCAUUGCCCAGCUGUCCCAGCGUCUCAGCUCCACCCUGAAGGAGCAGAAGAGGAAGAAGGAGGAGGAAGAGAAGGUGGAGGAGAGAGAGGAAGAGAAGAGGUCUGAGUCCAGAGAGGUUGAGUCACAUGUGGAGGACACCGAGGUGGGAAGUCCCAGUCCAGGCUCCAUGGACGGAUACUUUGAGAUGAGUCUGGAUGACUCUGUUGAGGAGUCUGUCUGCUCCUCCUCCACGUUGCUCGCUGUUCCUCCUGCUGAGGAGCCCGAUGGCCACCAGGUGGAGCUGUGUGAAGAGGAGGAGGAGGUGCAGGUCAGCAGGGUUCUAUGGUGCUACUGUCUUCAGGUGAAGGAGGAGGUGGAGCAGAAGGAGGCGUGUCUGGUGCUGACGGACCGGCUGUUGGGCCUUCUGUACCUGUCAGAUGAUUUCACAUGGACCAAUCAGGACGCAGACCAGGAGCAGAGUCCCUCUGUGGAGGAGGUGCUGUCCAGCCUGCAGCUGGACCUCCUGCUGCCGUACUCCCAGCUCCUGCUUUCCUCCCAAGCCAAGCUCCCCGUCACCUGCCUCGCCUUUGGCCUCCAAUCCAGUCCUACACGCUGGUACAUCUUCUCCGAGGCCGAGGAGCUCCGACAGACCAGGAGCGAGCUCACGGUGCUGAACCAGGCUGCAGAGUCUCAGACUGACCCGGAGCCCCCCAACACUCCUCAGCUCUUCCCCCGCUCACUCAUCAACUCCUGGGAGCUGGAAGAGAGUCAGGGAGCCCAGGGAGGUUAUCCUGCCAUCCUCCUUCCCUCCUCCUCCUCCUCUUCCUCUUCUUCCUCCUCUGCCCCAGACACCCAUCCACUCCUGUCAGACAUCUUCUCCAAGAGAGAGGACCUCAGCCUCCCUUCUCUCCUCUUUCUCACCCACCGACACCUCUGGGUGCUGAAGAUGGACUUCAGAGAGCUGGCAGAAAGAGAGAGGGAGAGCGCUGACCUCCAUCACUCCACCUCCUCUUCCUCCUCCUGGUGCAGGCUGGUCCGUGUGCCCCUCGGCUCUUUGAUGCUUCACCCCAGAGAAAGAGCUUCUCAGGUCGGGCACAGAACCACCAACACCUCCUGCCCCGACCCAAAACACCACCACAGGAGGAGUCACUCUGUGGAGCUGCUGCUGGGCGGUCAGAGGCUGCUGCUGCUCUUCCCUCUGGCCCAGAACAGGGGCUCCUUCCUGGGAGAGCUGAGCCAGCGGAGAGCCUCUCUGGAGGGGCUGAGGAUGAUGGCCCUGCCCCAGCCCUGCAGGCCCUGUCCACAGCAAGGGCAACACACACAAGGGCGUCACAGAUCCAGAGACCAGUGCUGUUGUACCAGCACGAAGAAAUCACACAGCACCAGCAGCUGGGACUCCUCCCGUCUCCAAGUGGAGGAGAACCAGCCGUCCCCCCAUCUCACCCCAGGUCUCUCCCCAGGACUGAAGCUCCUGGCUGGGCUCGGAGGACAGCAGCUGCUGACCUACUUCCACAGAUAUAUAGCAGUGUCUGAGGCGGAGGAGGUGAGACAGGUGUUGUGGCUGUCUGUGGUUCUCUACAAGUCUCCAGAGUCUGAGCUCACCUGCUGUCUGCUGCUCUCCACUGAUACAAUCUACUUCCUGUUAGAAGACUCCGCCUCCACACUCGGCCAUCACUCAGUGUUGGACGUAAUGGACUCUGGAGAUCCAGACAUCUGUCUGUGCUGCUGUCUGUCCAUCAGACUGUCUGAUCUGCUGUCUGUCAACGUGGGACUGUUCGACCAGUACUUCAGAGUCGUAGGUCGUUCGGCCGAUCACAUCGUGUGCUGCCUCAGCAGGGACAGUUAUGGGACGGGUGUUUUCCUUCAGGAGCUCAUGUCAGCUCUCAGUCUACAGCAGCAGCUUCCACCUCCAGAGCCGUCAGAUCAGGACUUCUACUCCCAGUUCACCAACACAAACACAGGUAAGAUGCACAACUACGAGCUGGUCCAUAGCAGCAGGGUGAAGUUUAUUUAUCCCAGUGAGGAGGAGAUGGGAGACCUGACCUUCAUCGUGGCAGAGAGGAAGACUCCGGCCAGCGCAGCGUCCUCGUCCUCACGCUCCUUCAACGUCCUGCUGUACCUGCUGGUCUUCCAGGUCCAGAUCCCAAACAGUCUGCCCAGCCAAGGCCACUCCUCCUCUGUUUCUGGCUCUGGCCCGUCUCCUGUACUCCAGCCCAGGACUUUGAUCCUGACCAGCACCGACGUGUUCCUACUGGACGAGGACUACGUCAGCUAUCCUCUGCCCGACUUCGCCAAAGAACCUCCCUCCAGGGAGCGGUACCAGCUGCGUGAGGCUCGAAGAAUCCGGGACCUGGACCGGGUCCUACUGGGGUACCAGACGUACCCUCAGGCUCUGACCCUGGUGUUUGAUGACCUACCCGGCCCCGACCUGCUCUGUCACCUCACCAUGGACCACUUUGCUGCCACAGGGGAGGAGGCCCCGCCCAGAGGGGGCGGAGCCAGCAGCGGCGCAGAGGGCGAGGUCCAGUGGUGCGUCUUUGUCCCCGGAGCCGACAGCAGAGAGAGGCUGAUCUCACUCCUGGCUCGCCAGUGGGAGGCGCUGUGCAGCCGGGAGCUUCCCGUGGAACUCACCGGCUGAUUGGUGGAUGACGGACAGUUGGAUGACUGUUCAGCACCUAGUUGGUCGUUGGGAGCUGAUCGACAGGUGGAGUCAUAGUUUGACGCAUGGAUUCAGGACCUGGUUGGCUGUUAAAAGGCCUCAAUAUGCUUCAAACUAAGUAGUUUAUACAAAGUAUUGUCCACGUCUAAAAGCAAAGCUUUUUCUAACAAAGGCAGCCUGUCGUCAUAGAGAUGGGCGAGAUGCCAUGAAUCACGUUCAGUCUCUCCUACAAGGCUUUCAUUGUGUUGCACUCGGUUGUUCACAUGAAAAGUGACAGAAAUAGUUCUGUGAAGAAUGAAAAAAAAAAGAGCUUGAGAGAGUUUAAAUACUUAAACACCUCCACACUCCACGCCAAUCACAUCAUAUCAACGCCUGAUAUUUUUGUGACUAAACUUAUAGCUGGUGUCAGCUUGGCACCCUUAUUCAAGAUGAGACCCUCCCUUCAAGAAGCCCAAUGCAGAGGCCUCAUUAUGCCUCAAAGGAACUAGUUCAGAAGAAAGUCAAAGUUUCCCCGUUCUGUAUGUCCUCACUGGGAAGUGGGGUGAAAAGCCCUCAUCCUGGCUGCAUCCCACUGCCUCCCCGCUCUCGCUCCAACAACUCUGUGUAGUCUUGAAAUCAUGAAUCAAUCAAAUGGGUAUAACAGCGCACUUUCGGAUAGCCUCUCUUGAAGACAUUCACCGUGUUGCACUCGGUUGUUCACAUGAAAAUUGACAGAAGUAAUUGUGUUAGCAGUGAAAAAAGAGACUGUGAGAUCUCUGCUUACUUUCACACCUCCACACACCUGGCCAGUGGCAAUCACUGCGUAAAGUGGGCGUGAUUGCUGGUUUCGGAGGUGGUUUCAGAUGCUGUUAGACGAUCCGACAAGCACUUAGUUUGAAGCAAACUGGGGCCUUUAGUCGUACUUUGAUUGAAAGGGAUGCGGCUUUGCCCACACACCGUUUGGUGUCCACCACAGAAAAAAACUGAGGGUUAGUGGGACUCUACGGACACCAGACACGACCUCACACUGAGCCGAAAUAAUGGGAGUUUCUGGCUCAACUUCACUUUCUUGCAAAGUGUCUCACACAGAGCAGAUUGACAGAUUCGUUGGACGACUUAACUGACAGACAGACAGACAGACAGACAGACAGACAGACUGGUGUUGCACAGCAGGGGGCGCUGCAGACAGUCCACAGGAGUUAUACAAGAUUUUAAUUAACGUUUAACUUAAAGGAACAGUUUGUCAUUUCUGGUACAUCCUCUUGCUCUCUGUCCUCUCGAGAGUCAUUUCACAAGAUAUACAGUUUCAUCUGUAUGUGUCAAGUACAAAUAUAAGUCCAGGACGUGUUAGCCUAGCUUAGCACAAAGACUGGAAGGAGGGGGAAACUGCUAGCCUAGCUUCAUCAAAAGAGAAAAAAAAAUAUCCACCUUCCAACAACUCCAAAGCUCUCUGAUUUACAUGUUGUUAUGUAAAGUUACUCUUAAAACCAAAAAUCAUUUUUACGUUUGCACAGUUUGACUCUAGGUGAGGUGACAAGAGGAUAUCCAAAAAUGCUGGACUGUUGUUUUAAGUAGCACACACACACACACACACACACACACACACACACACACUGCUGCUCGGCACAAUCUGCUCUCUGAACAUUUUAUUCCUUGCACAUUGUAAUUGAUGAAGCAGUAUUAUUGAACUGUAUAUUAAAGCUUUUUAUUAAUAUUAUAUUAAUAUAAUUAUGUUUUGGGACAGACGGAUGUUUUCCAUCCAGAAGCAGAUUUUGUACUAAACACGAAGGACCUGAUGAACUUUCCAAAAAGAACUCUUACAUGUCAUAUUUAGUAUUAUCAUUGAGUAUUAUUAUUUUUUAAAUAUUUGUUGUUUUAUUUUAUUGUAUGUUAUGUUUUUCGUACAUUAUUAUUGACAAAUGGGAAGCCCGACAGUGUUGGACUCCCCCACCCUUCACCGAUGUUGUUUACAUUACAUGUUGUUGUCUUGAUAAAGGGGAAUGCCACUGAAUUAAAGUGAAAAAUGAAAACUCCACAUGUAAUAAUA